CGCCUCUACAUGCACAUGCACACACACACACGCGUUUCAUUCAGCAUCAGUAAAAUUGACAUAAUUUAUUUGCCUUCCACGCUGGACUGCGAUAAUGGGCCAUGGGCUAUAACUCGAAAGUAUGUCUAUAUUCUUGAAUUGGAACAUUAACAAUGCGCAUGUUUUCAAUUAAUUCUCUUUUACAAGGACAACUUCUGAAUUCUGGAAAGAUAAAUAAGCCCAGGGUAGGUGGUGGGGUGGUGCUGGUGCGGCGAUUGGUGAAGGCUCCGCCGGACAGCGACAUGUUCCAGGCGGCCACCUCGGGGGACCGUGACUGGCUGCGAUUCAGCCUGAAGCGGGCGCUGUCCCCAGCGCAGCUCGACAAACAGGGUCUGACGGUGCUCCACGUGGCCGGCCUACAUGGGCAGCUGGAGUGUAUGAAGCUGCUGUUGGCAUCCCAAGCAGUGGACAUAAACGCCAGCUGCCCCCUGGGCCGCAGACCCAUCCACAUGGUCCUCACUGCCAAGAGCAGACCCCACUCCCAUGCCUGCCUCACCUACCUACUGGAGCAUGGAGCCCUGCCAAACGUAGCCACUGACACGGGGUUGACCCCCAUCCACCUGGCUGCCACCCAGGGCCUGUGGGAGUGUACCAAGACUCUGGUGCAGGCGGGGGCAGACACUGGUGCACGAGACAACAGAGGACACACGCCACUGGACCUGGCACGCAUCUGGUGCCACAGAAGGAUCGCCAGGUUUCUGAAGGACUCCAUGUGGCAGAAUGAGAAGAAGAGAGAGAUGGAGAGGCGCAAGGCGCUGCAGAACCUUCAGCAGGACCUGUUCAACAUGCACAGGAGGGCCGAGAACAUAGAGAAGAUGGAGAGACAGAAGUUGAUGGAAGAGAAGGUCACGGCGUGGGCCGAUAAGAAAGGCCUUCCCCUCCUCUGGGCCGAGCCUAGGGCCACGUGGAACCAGGCUCACGCCCACUGCCUCUCCCCAGGCCAGAGGCCACAAAGCCAGAGGACCAAGGCCUGCCACAGGCAGCAUCCAGGGGCCCCGCCUCGGGAGGCCUGGAACAUCUCCCCCAACCCCUCCAAACCCCCACCGGCCUCUGUCUCCCGGCCCCAGGGGGUGCGUCUGAGCAGCCAGCCCGAGAGGUCCCCUCCAGAGCCCGACUUGAGGCGCAGCGUAACUCUCUGCAGGGCCCGUGGGGAUGGACGUCCCCAGUACACCGCCAAGUGGGACGGGUCCCCCCAGUCGGUCCCCAACCUGCCCUGGGAUGUCCUUCAGAGGGGGCUGUUCUCUGCUGCCUUCCCAUCAAGGAUCACCUCGCCCAACCACUUCCAGCCCAACCAUGUGCUUGACCUGCCGCGCCUCGGCUGCUCCCCAGGACCCAACACCUCUCCCUGGACAGAGGUGGCCAUGCACCUGGCUGAGGAGCUGGAGCCUGGCCACUACUGACUGGAUGGAGAGGUAGAAGUUGCCCCUAACCAAUGAUCCAGAGUCAGAUUUAUUUCAUCCCUCUAAUUGUUAAGGUUAGAAUGGCAGGUAGGGUAAUCUGAUCCUAGAUCUGUGGUUGGGUGCAACUUCUACCUUAAGGAGUGGUGGAGAUCCACUUUCUCCCAGUCUUUACUGUAAUGGAGACACUGUACUGACUCUACUAUGUCACAAAGCAUCACAGGCGAUUGGACAGUGGUGUUCUGCAAAACAUAAGAUUUUGCAUAUUAGGAGUAUUAUUAUUAUUAUUAAAAGGUGUGAUAUUUGAAAUAUUACUGGUGGCAUUAAUACUGUAUAUUCUCGUCCAAUAAAAAUUGCCAGAUUAUGAAAGGCG